CGUAAAUAUGCCACGACAGAAACCCAGGGCGGCGACCUGCUAGAUUGUGACCGCGCGCGACAGCCCGCUGCGCGCCGACCGGACCCACCAGUCAGCGAAAGUAAAGAUCGUGCGCGUCCCCGUCUCGCUAGAAUUUUAGCGCGCAACGGACAGAGGAGGAAGACGACGGUGGACACAGGGACAGCCUUGUCGUGCCCUCCGAGACUCUUCCCACUCCAAGAGUCCAGCGCCACACGAACUCUCUCUCUCUCUCAACCCCCUCCUCAGCGCAGAAGCAGAGCGGAGCGGGAGCCAGCAGCGACAGACAGCCAUGGGGCAGGCCGCCGGGGACCCGGCGCCGGCGGUGGAGACGGCCAAGGGGCGCGUGGCGCCGCCGAUGCCGUGGAGGACGCGGCUGGUCGUGCUGGCGGCCGGCUACGUCACCGACGCCACCCGCCGCGCCGACGGCACCGUCAACCGCCGCCUCCUCGCCGUCCUCGAUAAGGGCGUCGCCGCGUCGGGGACCCCGCGGAACGGCGUCGCGUCGCGGGACGUCGACAUCGACGACCCCGCCGUGCCACUCCUCCGCGCGCGCCUCUUCUACCCCGCGGCCGGCGGCGUCGGCGCGGAGGACGAGGAGGGCCACCGGCCGCUCCCCGUGGUGGUGUUCUUCCACGGCGGCGGGUUCGCGUACCUCUCCGCGGCGUCCCCGUCCUACGACGCCGCCUGCCGCCGCAUCGCCCGCCACGCGCGCGCCGCGGUGCUGUCCGUCGAGUACCGCCGCGCGCCCGAGCACCGCUACCCGGCCGCCUACGACGACGGCCUCGCCGCGCUCCGCUUCGUCGGCAACCACCACCACCACGACCACCAACCGCCGGUCGACGCCUCGCGCUGCUUCCUCGCCGGGGACAGCGCGGGCGGCAACAUCGCGCACCACGUCGCGCGCCGCUACGCCCUCGACCCCUCCGCGUUCCCCCGCGUCCGCCUCGUGGGCCUCAUCGCCAUCCAGCCCUUCUUCGGCGGGGAGGAGCGGACGCCGGCCGAGCUCCGGCUCGACGGCGCGCCCAUCGUGAACGUCCCGCGCACCGACUGGAUGUGGCGCGCGUUCCUGCCCCCCGGCGCCGACCGCUCCCACGAGGCGUGCUCCCCGGCCGCCGCGGUGGCGGGGAUCAAGUCCGCCCCGGCGUUCCCGCCGGUCACGGUCGUUGUCGGCGGGUACGACCCGCUGCAGGACUGGCAGCGGCGGUACUGCGACGCGUUGCGCCGCGAGGGGAAGGAGGUGCGGGUGCUCGAGUACCCCGACGCCAUCCACGCGUUCUACGUGUUCCCGGAGUUCCCGGACGCCAAGGACCUCAUGCUAAGGAUCAAGGAGAUCGUCGCCGGCAGCGAGUGACGGAGGAUUAGGUUGGUGGAUGUGGAUGUGGAAUUGCGUUGCGUGACGUACUGGGGUCAGUGACGUGGACUGGGACUGUGGGUGUUGUGUGACGUGGACCUCAUCAUACAGGGCGUGUGGGUCUGUGGAUGCGCCGUGCGCGUCACAAGUUAGUGUGGUACUCAUGUGAGAUCGUCGCGAUGAUGAGUGGUGCAAAUUAAUGUUGAUUUUGGUGCUCGAUGACGAUGAGUAGUCAGUGGGUCACUUUCAGCAA